GUGGUAAAUAAUUCCGUGGAGGCCGUCAAGCCGAAGCAGCGGUAGUGGAGUGUGUGGACGGUUUUACAACGUUAAUUUUAGCCUUGUUUAACUGCAAUAAUGCCGUAUGCUAACCAACCGACGGUGAAGAUCACAGAACUGACAGACGAAAAUGUCAAGUUUGUCAUUGAAAACACUGAUUUGGCGGUUGCAAACUCUAUCCGCCGUGUGUUCAUGUCAGAAGUUGCCACUAUAGCGAUUGACUGGAUCCAGAUCGAUGCCAAUUCGUCAGUACUGCAUGAUGAGUUUGUUGCACACAGAGUUGGUCUCAUACCUCUCACAAGUGAUGACAUCGUGGACAAAAUGCAGUAUUCUAGGGACUGUACCUGUGAUGAUUUUUGUCCAGAGUGUUCUGUGGAGCUGACACUGGACGUCCGAUGUACUGAGGACCAGACGCGCCACGUCACCUCACGUGACCUUCUGUCCAACAACCCCAGAGUCAUCCCGGUGACUUCCAGGAGUCGAGACAACGAUCCCAAUGAUUAUGUCGAACAGGAUGACAUUUUACUAGUGAAGCUUCGUAAAGGUCAGGAACUGCGGCUCAGGGCGUACGCCAAGAAAGGUUUUGGUAAGGAGCACGCCAAGUGGAAUCCAACGGCGGGCGUGUCCUUUGAGUACGACCCAGACAACGCACUGAGGCACACAGUCUACCCACGGCCUGAGGAGUGGCCAAAGAGUGAAUACUCAGAGAUUGAAGAGGAUGAGGUUCAGGCUCCCUAUGACCCUAAUGGAAAGCCAGAAAGGUUCUUCUACAACGUGGAGUCCUGCGGCUCUCUGCGACCGGAGACCAUCGUUAUGUCAGCGCUGGCCGUCCUCAAGAAGAAGCUGAGUGACCUGCAGACUCAGCUUAGCCACGAAAUCCAGAGCGAUGUGCUUACCAUCAACUGAGGGCCGCUCCCUCCCAGAGCACGGCCUGUGUUUUACACAGCUUUGUAAUGACCAGACAUGGUGCAUGUCCAAAUACUGUUCAUGGAAUUAGAUGUAUUCUCCCUGGAUACUGGCCUUGGAUCGGUUUGUGUUGACCUUUGAGAAAUUUGUAAAAACUAUUUUGUUAAAUGUUUCAUGAUUUGAAAUUAUCACUCAUUAUUACAGUUAUGAGUGAAUUGUGAAAUAGAUUUUCACUUAUCUGGACAUUCUUGAAAUAGUUUCAGCACCAGCAGCGAUUGUAACAUAUGCUGUGUGUGCUAAAGCAUCCAGUGCACCAGUGUCUGAUGGGGUUGAAUGAUACAUUUAGUUUUGUUUGUCAGCAGUUUAUCACAUACACUGUUAUUGAAUAUUAUUUUGUUAAAUGUGACUUUUUAAAUAAAUCUGUUUGAUGAA